AUGUCAGGCGGUAAAAACAAGAGGUCGAAGCGCCAUGAGGGUUGGGAAGAGGCAGGGGGGGAGUUCUACCAGGAACUCUACCCUGGGGGGGAGCAAGAACUCUUCGAUAACCUGCAGAGGGCUGACGCUGCUAAGCUGGCCACCCUUCUACCUUCGAAGCAGGCUAGAACGACCACAUCGAAGCGAGCUCGCUCUCAGAAUGAGCGCAGACAGUCGACAUUCGCUCGUACGACGCAGAGUCGAGACAUACACCUCUCCAUGUUACCGGAUUUAUCAGAAAAUCUAUCAAACGAAGAGCGAACAUGGGAAGAAAUCAUGCAAAUCAAGGCGAUGCCGGUACCGAUGAAUCAAAAACGGGAAAUAAAAUCGAGAUUACAGAACGCAACAAAACUUCGCCUGCAAGGUUUAGAGCAAUUACAGUGGCGUCAACGUAAAGCCUUGCAUCGUUUUCGAAUAAGAUUCGGCGAAAUAGUUGGCAAACUUGAACUGUGGCAAUCAUCCUUACGAGAAAUAGAGGGAAAGUUUGGCACUGGCGUUGUCUCCUAUUUCCUAUUCCUAAGAUGGUUGUUAUUUCUAAACCUAGCCAUAUCAGUUUUCGUCAUUUUAUUCCUAAUCCUACCCACAGUUCUGCUACAUGAGAAUUUAGAAUGUGAGCAGUUCGAAAAUUCUACAAUAUGCUGUUCCCAGGCCUAUUUACAGCGUAAUCUGACCACCAGUAAUGUGGUGUUGGAUCUGAUCCAAGGAACAGGGUGGAUGGAGCGCACCAUACUUUUCUAUGGUGUUUAUAGUGAUCAAAUUUAUACGUAUUACUUGAAGAACCUUUGGGACGCUGGGAUGUACUACAAUAUGCCAUUGGCGUAUAUAUUGAUACCUAUUACUUGGACGCUAUUUUCGUUAAUCGCGAUUGUCAAAACAGCAGCUAAGGGUUUCAAGGAAAGAUUAGUAGAGAAUGAAGGUCAGUUUUAUAUGUACUGCAAUCUAGUGUUUGGAGGGUGGGAUUUCUGCAUACACAACGAUAAAUCCGCUAAAAUCAAGCACAAAGCGCUUUAUAACGAAAUAAAAGGUUGUCUGGAAGAAGAGAGGUACAAAGAAGAGAAGCAAUCAAGAACUAGAGAACGUCAGAUACUAAUGCAUUUGAUGAGGAUACUCAUAAAUUUUCUGGUUUUCGCGAUACUAAUCGGUUCGGGUAUUCUUAUUUACCAGAUCUUCAAUCUAGCGAUGGAUAAAUUAAACGAAGAGUUUUUCGCGGAAAAUGUGUUUGAAAAUCAAUUUCUACCAUUUAUCACGAUAGGGGUAUUGAAUAUAUUCAUACCGGAAAUAUUCGGUUAUUUGAUAAAAUUCGAAACGUACACACCAGCUAACGCGAUAAUAAUAACCUUAUUACGUACGGUAUUACUACGGCUAUCCUCUUUAGCAGUACUUCUCAGUCAGAUAUACUUGCAAAUCACCGAUCCAAGUAGGAACGAGAAAUGCCUAGAACCAGACGAAGAAUUCAGACACGAGUGCUGGGAAACAUAUGUCGGCCAGCAAUUGUACAAAUUGGUCCUAACCGAUUUCGCGUUACAAUUCGUGAUGACAUUUUUCAUAAAUCUCCCUCGAGCUUUCAUAGCAAGACACAGUAAUAGCAGGUGUCUGAAAAUUAUCGGCACCCAAGAUUUCUAUCUCCCAAAGCAUGUGUUGGACAUCGUUUAUAUUCAGACUAUAGUAUGGAUGGGUGCAUUUUUCUGCCCGUUUCUCCCGAUAAUCGGGACAAUCUUCUGUUUCCUAAUUUUCUAUAUAAAGAAAUUCGCCUGUUUGAUGAAUUGCACCCCAUCGCCCAUAGUUUACAAAGCAUCGAAGUCUAAAUCUUUGUUCAUGUCAGUUUUAUUGCUGGGUUUUGUGAUAUCGAUCUUACCUGUCGCGUAUUCGGUGGCAGAAAUAGAGCCAUCGAUAAACUGUGGUCCGUUUAGGAGAUACGAAACAGUUUGGUCGUUUGUCGUCGAGACUUUUAAAGCUUUCCCUUUCUUGAUUCGAGAAUUUGUCUUUCUUAUAGGAACAUCAACUUUUGCUGUACCAGCGUUUGCGAUAUUACUAUUUUUCCUAUAUUACUAUUGGGCAGUUGCGGCAGCUAAUAGGCAUAUGGUUGAAGUAUUAAAGAAUCAGCUAGUUCUAGAAGGUCAUGAUAAACAAUUCCUCUUGAAUAGGCUGAGUGCGUUCAUAAGACAACAUCAGAAAAGAUGUGAGAGGCGUAACAGAGCCAGUUUCGCUGAUGACGAUUCAUCUAUACAACAUAGCUCGAGAUAAAAUAUUUAAAUUGUGAACAUUUGUAUAAAAAAAUUCUGCAAAUACUCAAAAAAGAAAUGUACAUAAAAAAUCUUCUGAAAACCCAUUUUAGAUUAUUUGGUAUUCA